UCUCUCUCGACCGCUCCUCAUCACCCCACUCGCACGCGCCUGCACCGACUACACCGCCGCAGCUAAUCCACAGCCUACACUGCACACAACGCCUGUAUUGUCUCACGUAUCGCCGGGCUUCCGCCAUGGCGCCGGCGCCCGCGCCGCCGCAGCUCGACCUCUCCGCGCUCACCUCCUACUCGCCCGCCUGGCCGCACACGCUGCGCUUUGCCCUCUGCAUCGCCACGCAGUACAGCGCGCGCCGCUGCGUCGAGCGCGUGCGCGCGCUGCAGCCCGAGGGCGCCGAGGCUGCCGAGGGCGACGACAGCGACGAGGAGGACGACGACGAGGGCAAUGUGAAGCGCCGCCUGCAGGGCUGGGCGCAGGAGCGCGUGCGCCGCAAGCGCCGCGAGCUCGUCGAGGACUGGGAGGACUACAGCGCGCGGUUCCUCACCGCUGUGUGCCAGCACCUCGGCAUCCCCGAGGAGGUCUUGCCGCCGGGAGAGACGACGCUCGCAGAUGUCAUGAGCGCCGCACGUGGCCGGCCGGUCGACGAGAAUGCACCGGUGCCGCAGGCACCCGAGUACGAGCUCGGCACCUCGCACGCUGCCCGUGCACGCGAGGGCACGGGUAAUGCCGGCGCAGCACACCAGGCCGACGAGCGCGCUCGCGAUGCACGCGAGAAGCAGGAGGAGAGCGAGGAGGGCGCUGCUGAGUCGCAAGACGCACAGCCCGGCUCGCCGAACAGCCUGCCGCCGGAGCCGCUGAGCGGCGCGAGCGAUGCCUAUGAGAUCGACGUGCAGCAGCUGCCCGACUACCUCAAGCGCCGAGCGCGUGUUUCAGACGAUGGCACCGAGACUCUGCCACCGAUGUCUGCUGGCGGCAGCGAGAAGAGUCCUCGGCCCCAAGAGCAGUCCGACCCGGCCAAUGCAGACAUCGUGCGCGAGGGCGGCGCGCUGUCGGACGAGGGCAAGGGGCGCGAGGUGGAGGUGGUCAAUGAGCUGCUGCUCGUUGCGCUUGGGCUCGGCCAGUACCGAGCAGAGGACGGCAACACGACCGUCUUCGAGUCAGGCUCUUUGUUCGACGAAGAAGUAGUGCCUGCGGCCAAGGCGCAGCCCACUGCGUCUGCUUCGGGCACUGCCGGCUCGCCCAGCGCUAGCAGCGAGGAGGCAGUCCGUGCCGGCGAUGUCGGCGCUCAGAUCAGCGACGCAGGCGCCAAGACGUGGAGUGCCAUCCGCGGCGGCGCCACUGCUUCGUGGCGCGGCAUUACAACGGCAAGCACCAACGUCAAGGACCUGGUCAGCGGCGAGACUGGCGCUCAGCAGCCGCAGCACCAGCGCACGUCGAGCAAGUCGCAGCCGAAGGCGAAGAACCCGACGAAGCCGAACGACGUGUGCCACUAUGACGCUCGAGGCCGCGCACUGAUCUGGGUCGCGGCGACUUCGAUGGGCAUUCGUGGCAUGGACGUCAUGCUCGCCGAGAAGGUCAUCGCGCAGUCCGUCUACUUCAUCAUGGCUGAGGGCCAGCGAGCGACGAAGGAGGCAGGCCAGAAGGACCCGCUUGCCUCGCUGCCGGCGGGCGCAACAGUCGAUCCCCGCACCGGAGAUGUCGUGCGACACGAUUCCGAGGGCGAGGACGCCGAGCAGACGACUGGCGCCGCGCGCAAGGAGUGGAUGAACAGCGCGAGCAACACGGCCGUCGCACGCGAGAAAGGGCGAGGCAACUGGGGCCGCUGGGCUGCUACGGGCGCCGGCUUUGCCCUGGCUGGCGUGGCACUCGGCGUGUCUGGCGGUCUGGCUGCGCCGCUUGUGCUGCCCGCCCUGGCUGGCCUGACUGGCGUGGCCUUCCUCGCGACGACCGGCGGCGUCAUCAUGCUCGGCGCCCUGUUCGGCCUGUCUGGCGGCGGCCUGGCAGCCUACCGCGUCACACGUCGAUUGCGGGGGCUGAGCGACUUCAGCUUCGAGGAGAUCAAGUCGGACGCCAGCCAGGCCGGUGUCUCCAUUCCUUCGCUCCAUGGUGAGUGGUGUUGCGCCGCUAUUGAUGCCUCGCUGAGCUCACGCUGUUCGCCAGCCACCAUCUGUUGUUCGGGAAUCAUUCGCGAGCCUGCAGAGCAGAUCGGCAUCUGGCAGACGGCCUUCAAGCAUGACGCGCGCGACGUCUACGCCAUCAGCACCGAGAAUGAGGCCUUCGCAAGGGCAGGCAAGGGCCUCGAGUCCUACAUGAUGGAUACGCUCAUCAGGACCGGCGGGCAGAAGGCAGGCACCGAAGUGCUGAAGCGGACUGCGCUCGCCGGGAUUGCUGCGAUCACGAUCCCGCUGACGGUGUGGAACACUGCGAGCACGGCGCUGGACUCGUCCUUCGUGCAGGCAAAGACCCGUGCGCACAAGGCCGGCCUCAUCCUUGCGGACGUGCUGCGCGCGCGGGUGCAAGGCUCGCGCCCUGUGAUCCUCGUUGGCACAAGUCUGGGCUGUGCAACGAUCUUGACUGCCCUGCUCGAGCUCGCCAAGGACCCAGCGAACGCGAACCUCGUCAGCGACGUGUUCCUCAUCGGCGCGCCGAUGACGCCGAGUCCCUCGCGGCUCCGCAAGGCCCGCUCCAUCGUGGCUCGCCGCUUCGUGAAUGCGUACUCGAGCAAGGACAUGGUCUGCCGCAUCGCCUCGUGGCUCGGCAGCGGUAUCACGCUCGAGGAGCUGCGCGCAGGCCAGAUGCCGCGGGUGAUGGGCUCGUGUGCGGUGCUCGGCUGUCCCGGCGUCGAGAACGUCGACCUCUCGUAUCCGAGCCACUUUGCGCUCAGCGACGCAGCGGCCGUCGCGGACAUGGUUGCGCAGCUGCGCGUCAUCACCGACUAGAGGCGCAUUCACAGUCACCGGGUAUAAUGGCAGCGCUGUUGCGAAGCGAGCAGCAGGAGGUGUGGACGCGGCUGCCCGGCUUCGCUUCACCCUGCGGCCCGGAAGAC